GUAAAACAGUCAGUUCUGUCUAAAAUAGAGUAUUCUAUCUGAAUAAAUUAUAGGUCUCCUGAAAUGUAGGAUUAAAGCCAAUGGAGUGAUAUGGUAACUACUGAUAGCAGUGUUGCGAGAUGUCAAACAUUACAGAAGUAUUGCUGAAUACUCUUCAGAACCUGUUGGAAAUGGACCUGAAAUCAUUCCAGUGGCAUCUGAUCAAUGGUGUGGAUAACUGCAUCCCAAAGGGCCUGCUGGAGAAGGCAGAUAGACAUGACACUGUGGAUCAGAUCGUACAAAGAUAUGGACACAGUGAAGCUGUAGAGAUAACACUGGAUAUCCUGAAGAAGAUAAACCAAAACCAACUGGCGGAGGAACUGAUGACCAAGCUGAGAAAGGGUAGAGACAGAUGUGAAGAGAUACCUGGAAAGCGUGCAGCAGUGUCCUCCACUGCAGUUCAGACUGGAGACUCAGUUAGUGCUCUCACUACAG